AUGGGAAAACGAGUGCGCCACUUUGCCGGAGUCGAAAGCUCAGAGCAGCUGGCUUUUAUUGACGAACUCCAGGAGCUAGGGCUCAGCAGCACGAUUGACCUGCCCGAGCUUGUGGUGGUGGGAGACCAAAAUUCCGGCAAGAGCUCGGUGCUCCAAGCCAUAACCGAAGUUUCGUUUCCGGUCAAGGAUGGCACCUGCACUCGUUUCCCAAUCCAGAUUUCCUUCAGACAGACCUCCGCCUCCAAUAAAUACCCAGUUAAGGCUACUAUUGUGCCGGGACGACAAUCCGAGAAUGAUGACGAGCUUCUCCUUCGCAUAAAAGACUUCAUGAUGGAAAAGGAAGAGUUGACUUCGGAAGUGAUGAAAGAGAUCAUAGAGGAGGCAACGGAGUGCAUUUUCGGCGAACGAAAGCCAGGGAAGCAGAUGAGUGACGAGAGUCUGAGCGACGCCACACUCCGAAUUGAGCGGUCCGGCCCGGACGAGAUGCACUGGACGAUUGUAGAUCUUCCGGGUCUCAAAAGGAAAGAUCGUGCAUCAGGCGAAGAAGCAGAUGCGCAGACUAAUGCAGAAGUUGCAAUGGAACUCGCUCGCAGCUACCUAGUGAAUGAGAGGAAUAUUGUUUUGGUGGUAAUCGACGAUGUCGACGUGGGGCGGCUCAGAAUCUUUGAAUUAAUUGAAGACCUACCGGGAGUGGAAAGCCGAUGCAUUGGCGUGCUCACAAAAUGCGAUCGCAAGCAGGAAGGCUCCGAUGAAUGGAUGGUCAAACUCCUGCAGAAUGAUUUGCCUACUGUUCCUCAUUUCGACCACGGCUGGUUCGGACUGCGGAACAGAAUACCUGCCGAGGCCCAUAUCACAGACGCCGAGCGCGACGAACGAGAAAUAAAGGAGUUCACCCAAACGACCUGGGAGGGAGUGGCCAAGGAUAGGACAGGCAUACGCUCGUUGAUCAAAUACGUCGACAGGGAGCGGCGGGCCAAGAUUCAGUCAGGCCUGCCCCAUAUCAUUGCGGAAAUCCGUCGGAAACUUCAGGAAUGCGAGUCAGACCUUAGCAGAAUGGGAGAGGCCCGUGAUAGCCCCAAAGCCCAGCGAUACUUCGUCUUCCAAUUCUGCAAUGAAAUGCAGAAAAUGGCCAACGCGACUCUGAUAGGCCAAUAUCAAGACGUACCCUCAGAGGAUCCGAGGAUCAUGCUUCGAUACCGAGUGCAGCGUCGUCUUGAUCAAUUCUAUAAAGAGAUGGUGGACCCAGAUAACAUGCCCAUUCUAUUUUCGAGCUAUGAGGACGACCUGAAAAUACUCAGCUCGAUGAAUCCAGAGGAGUGGGAAGAAAAGGUCAUGAAUGCCCCUGGUAUGUAUUCCGAGAUAUACAAGGAAGCCAAAAUCAGCGAGGGGCGCAGCCUUCCAGGGAGUAUCCACCCAGACGUGGAGGAAAAGAUGUUUCGGAAGCUAACAACCCAUUGGGAGAGGAUUGCUCGAAGCUUUGUUGAAGAUGUGAAGGACCUCGCAAGGGACUGCCACGAUGUACUUUUGAGGAUAGCCAUACCCAAUAGCAAAGUGCGCCUGGAGGUGAGUCGCAUUAUUGGGAAGACGCUGGAAGAGUGGAACAGGGAUGCAGAUACGGCUCUCUGGGAACUCAUCGAGGAUAACCAGGCCCGACCGCUCGUGACUCGCCAUCCCAUAUUGAUCUCUGAGACGAUAGCUGCAGAUAAACAACGAGGCGAAAUCUUACUUGGCAAGAAGACGACAAUGACAACGAACAGGGAGAGUGAGGGGACCCCUAACGGCAUAAGCGGGGGCCAGCAGCUACGUUUUCUCUCGACUUUGCUGAGCCAGGUGCUUUUUGUCCGUGCAAGGCUGGAGUCGUACUACAGAAUUGCGCUGUACCGAUUCAUUGACAACGUAGCGAUGCAAGUCGUCGAGCGACAUGUGCUGGGACCGAAAUGCCCCAUGCUUAACGUCUCUGUCCAGACCUUUACGAAUCUGGAUGACGGAGAACUUAAUAGCGUGGCCGGGGAAGACGAAACGGAUAUUCGUAUGCGGGCGAGGCUGGAAAAGGUGCGGUCUCGAUAUGUCCAGGCACUGGAAAAGUGGGAGAGAUUGAGAGUACUUUAG